AACUUCAAAACUUCUUUCUAUUUUUAUUUAUUUUUGGUUUAAAUGUUAACUUCUUUCUAUUUCCUUUCUAUGAUCCUCUUCUCUAUUUUUAGGUUUUCAGGUUUCUGAGAAAAUCUUAAAAGUGUCCUACCAACACUCUUUCAUGGCGGUAGACCAAAGCAAAGAAGCUUCUCCCGUGUGUUGUGCUCUUCCAAUGUAAUCAUUCAAUCAAAUCACUUUUUUCUCUGUUUGUUCUUAUAUUUGAUUUGAGUUUUUUUUUGGUAGACAUGAUAUUAAUGUCUAGAAGUUUAUCUUCUGUUCUGUUAUGAUUUUCAUUGAUACUUAACGAACGUUUAAGCAGAAUUAACGAACUUUCCCUGAAUUUUCACCGAUUUUCUCUUAAUUUCCCGCAAAAUUUACAUAAGAACGACAUGUUUAGUCUGUUCUUUUCUUUUGAAUCUCCCGAGGCAGGUACAACUCUAAAUAUUCAAGUUAUGUCACUGAAGAAGAUCCAAACGACAUAAAUCAUACGUCAAAACAUAAAAGAACCAACGCGUUUCUUAUGAAUUCUGCUUCAGCUCAUGAUCUAAGAUUACUAGAGGUAGAUAAAGAGAAGCAAGACCCCAAAUCACCAAGAGGAGCCCUCGAAGCCUGCUUAACUCGUUGCUCAAUCUCUUCCGCUUCAUCUUCAUCUGACGAUCCUCCUCCAAACAGAGAAGCUAUCGACAAUGCAGAUGCAGACACAGACGUACAGUGCAAGAAUCACAGAGCAUCUUCUAAUUGGGGAAAAUUCUUCAAGCUAUGGAAACGCAGAUCCAUGAAACGCCUCUCUUCCUUUCCUCCAUUAAGUGGCGCCGCCCCACCGAUCAUCAAACAAAACAAAAGUGCAGAUCCAAACAUGAAUGGCAUGGUCCUUCACGAUAUCUACGAUUUCCAAUCAUCUCUCCAAAACUUCUCAAUAUCUGACAUCGAAAUUGCAACUGACAAUUUCAGUCCAGAAAACAUUAUCGGUAGAGGCGGUUACGCCGAUGUAUACCAGGGAAUUCUACCGGAAGGAAAGCUAAUCGCUGUGAAACGUUUGACAAAAGGCACACCGGACGAGCAAACAGCUGAGUUUCUAUCGGAACUUGGGAUUAUUGCUCAUGUUGAUCAUCCUAACACUGCCAAAUUCAUCGGUUGUUGCAUCGAGGGUGGAAUGCAUCUCGUGUUCCGGCUAUCUCCUCUUGGAAGCUUAGGCUCUCUCCUCCAUGGACCAUCAAAAUAUAAGCUGACUUGGAGCAGACGUUACAAUGUAGCGUUAGGAACAGCAGAUGGACUAGUGUAUCUUCAUGAGGGUUGUCAAAGACGAAUCAUUCAUCGAGACAUCAAAGCUGAUAAUAUUCUUCUCACCGAAGAUUUUCAACCGCAGAUUUGCGACUUCGGGUUAGCCAAAUGGCUUCCCAAGCAAUUGACACACCAUAACGUAUCCAAAUUUGAGGGAACAUUCGGGUACUUUGCACCUGAAUAUUUCAUGCACGGAAUCGUGGACGAGAAGACUGAUGUUUUCGCUUUUGGAGUUCUCCUCUUGGAGCUCAUAACCGGACAUCCUGCCCUUGACGAGUCUCAGCAGAGCCUUGUCUUAUGGGCUAAGCCGUUGCUAGAGAGAAAAGCUAUAAAAGAAUUGGUGGAUCCAUCUCUUGGAGAUGAGUAUAACCGAGAAGAGCUUAUCCGGUUAACUUCCACGGCUUCUUUAUGCAUCGAUCAAUCUUCUCUUCUACGACCCCGGAUGAGCCAGGUUGUGGAAUUAUUACUAGGCCACGAAGAUGUCGUAAUGACUCCAAGAGAAGCGAAGAUAAAGAUGAUGCAACGAACGUAUUCCGAAGAAUUAUUAGAUAGUGUAGAAUAUAACUCCACUAAGUACUUGGGAGAUCUUGAUCGCAUUCGAGAGGUUGCUUUAGCCUCUUGAAAUCGAUCCAAAUUAUUAUUAUGUAAAACUAUUUUGGUUUCUUUCAUUGGUGAAUGUAAAUCGUUGGAAAAAAUUACCAAAAAAAACUAUUAUGUGAUCAAAAUAGCUGAAAUUUGUUUAUGGAUGGGAAUGGAACAAACUAAAUUAAAACCGGUUUAAUUCCAGCUUAAAUUCGGUUUAUAAUCACUCUCACUAGUCAC